AUGCCGUUAGGUCCCCGCUAUGACCAUUAUGCAAACCUCAACACAUCUAGAGAAAGGAUAUUUGACAAAGCCCUACAAGCCAACCUCAUUUUCGUACGAAGACGAGAGACACCCGUGGACGCAGACAAUACUAAAAUCUGCAGAUACCACGAUGAUGGGGGACACACUACCGAAGGCUGUCAAGGACUGAAGGAUGAACUAGAGAGGCUUAUCCGAGCGAGAGGCUCCCCUAGAAAGGAGCCCAUUCGAAGAAGUCCGGAGAAAACCACUCGGCCAACAGACCGGUCGAGAAGUCGUUCCCGAGGAAGAGCAUACGAUAGGCCAGCUAGGGGACGCAUUGAUACGAUCUCUCGAGGGUUUGCUGGGGGAGGGGCGUCAUCCUCUACCCGGAAAAGGCAUCUGCGAAACCUGCAAAGUGUUCACAAUGUAAGCCGUCACCAUCUAUCAAUUCCGGACAUCACGUUCACCAACGCAGACUUCCAUGCCCCGGAUCCUGACCAAGAUGACCCUAUGGUCAUUACCGCACGGAUAACACAAUAUGAUGUUAGCAAAGUUCUGAUUGACCAAGGAACCUCAGUCAACAUACUCUACUGGUCCACGUUCCAGAAAAUGGAAUUUUCAGAGGAUGUCGUCGCCCCUUUUAAUGAACAGAUCGUAGGGUUCGCCGGGGAAAGGGUAGACACUCAGGGAUACUUGGACCUACGAACACCACUAGGUACGGGAGAACGUUCGAAAGAACUACGCGUACGGUUUUUACUGGUGGAAGCCAAUACCGCCUACAAUGCUAUUUUCGGACGACCUUGCCUGAAUGCUUUCGGUGCAAUCAUGUCCAUUCCCCACCUGGCGAUGAAGUUUCCGUCCGAAAAAGGGAACAUAUGUACAGUGAAAGCAGACUAG